GUGUUUGGUUUGUUUUAGCCAUAGAUUUCUACAACCAAGUAAACGUUUUGUACGCUACUCUCGAAGAGUUCUGCACACCCACCACUUGCCCAAUCAUGAACGCUGGAUCCAGAUAUGAGUAUAGAUGGGCAGAUGGGAUUACAAUAACGAAGCCAAUAUGGGUUUCAGCUCCUGAAUACGUUGAGUAUCUCAUGAAUUGGAUUGAAACUCAGAUCGAUGACGAAGGCAUCUUUCCGCAAAAACUUGGAGCACCAUUCCCACCAAACUUUGAGGAUUUUGUGAAGCUGAUUUUGAAAAGGCUGUUUCGGGUUUAUGGACACAUCUAUCAUUCUCACUUUCAGAAGAUUGUGAAUCUCAAGGAAGAAGCUCAUCUCAACACUUGCUUCAAACACUUUAUCCUCUUCAUAUCUGAGUACCAGUUGAUUGAUAAAGCAGACUUGGAUCCUCUGAAAGAUCUCGUGGAAAAGAUUUUGAAACCAUAG